AUGCAAACGAUUUUCCUAACUGGAGGAAUCGCUUCCGGAAAAUCGAUGGUCACACAGACCUUCCGUGAAAGAGGCAUUCCUGUGAUAGAUGCUGAUCAAAUUGCGAGAGAUGUGGUUGAACCCGGAACGGCCACAUAUCAGAAAUUACGUGCCGAAUUUGGCUCCCAGUACUUUGAUGACGAAAACAAUGGAAAGUUGAAGCGAAAGGAGCUGGGCGACUUGAUUUUUAACAAUACGGACAAAAGACGACGCCUGAACGCGAUCACGCAUGGAGCCAUACGAUGGGAGAUUUUUAAACUCUUCUUCUCUGCAUUGUUCCGCGGCGAAAAUACAGUACUACUCGAUAUUCCGCUGUUAUUUGAAGCUGGGAUCUACAAAUAUUGGCCUUUGUCGACUGUGAUGGUUGUCUAUUGCACACGAGAACAGCAAAUCACACGUCUAAUGGCCAGGGAUGGAUAUACGGAAGAAGAAGCAGUAGCUAGGGUCAAUUCACAGAUGUCAAUCGAAGAAAAGAAGGCAAAAGCGGAUAUCGUUGUGGAGAAUCGAUUCAGCAAGGAGGAGCUGAUACAUACAGCAAGUCUGCGAGUCGAUGACUUCGAGGCGAGCUGGGCUCCAUUCAAAGCGCGACUUGGCCUCUUGGUAGGAGCCGUUUUCCUGUUUGGGUUCUUCUUCUUCAGACGC